AUGAGUCGUUGCGAGCUACUGUUGCCGGCGCUGCUGCUGCUGGUGUCGGUACAGGUGAACUACAGUUUGCAGUACGAUUCGGCGGAAUCGUCCCGGUACUAUCAUCCGACCGGUGCGGGCAGCGAAACCGGCAGCAAUCUGCGCUACGAUGCGCCGGACGAUUGCAAGUACCGGAUACUGCCCGGCAACGAGGUCGACCUGGCGUGCAAUCUGCGCACGGUGAACAGUGAAUUUGACAACACGAACUUCAGUGUGAUACCGGCCGAACAUACGGCCGCCCUUACCAUCCUGUGCAAUGAAGCCAUCAUGGCGCGGAGCAAGCUGCUGCACAACUCGUUCGUCCAUCUGGUGCGGCUAAAGGCGCUGUCGCUCGAGUACUGCAAGAUCGCCAAAUUCUCCAGCACGGUGCUGGCUGGGUUGGGCGAGCUGCGCAACUUUACCCUCCGCACGCACAACAUUGCCUGGCCGGAGCUGAACCUGGAGAUCGAGCCGGACGCGUUCGGGUACACGCGCAACCUGGAAGUGCUCGAUCUGAGCACGAACAACAUUUGGUCCCUUCCCGACCAAUUGUUCUGCUCGCUCACCGAUCUGCGGUCGCUCAACAUCAGCUCAAACCGGCUGCAGGACGUCAACGAUCUCGGGUUCCGCGAGAAGGGUGUGAAGGACGAGCUGGAAGCUGCGGAAAGUCCGAAACCGAACGGUACCGGCACGGUGGCACCACCAGUAAGCUGUGCGCUGGAUCUCGAGGAUCUGGAUGUGUCGAGAAACCAUUUUGUGCUGCUACCGGCCGCGGGUUUCGGUAUGCUGAAACGCCUAAAGAUGCUGAAAAUACACGACAACGAAAUCUCGAUGGUUGGCGAUAAGGCGCUCAGUGGGCUGAAGGAGUUGCAGAUCCUUGAUUUGAGCUCGAACAAGCUGGUGGCGUUGCCGACGGAUCUAUUCCGCGAUCCUGCCCAAUCAAUACAGGAGAUUUACCUGCAGAACAAUUCGAUCAGUGUGCUAUCGCCGGGUUUGUUCUCAAAACUGGAGCAACUGCAAGCGCUGGAUCUGUCCCAGAAUCAGCUGACCUCGGCCUGGGUGAAUAGGGACACGUUCGCGGGCCUCAUACGACUGGUUCUGCUGAAUUUGGCCAGCAACAAGAUAACCAAACUGGAGUCGGAGAUCUUCUCCGAUCUGUACACGUUGCAGAUAUUGAACUUGCGUCAUAAUCAGCUGGAAAUCAUAGCAGCGGAUACGUUCUCACCGAUGAAUAAUCUCCACACGCUUCUGCUUUCGCACAAUAAGUUGAAGUAUUUAGAUGCCUACUCGUUGAACGGGCUGUACGCGCUGUCCCUGCUGUCGCUGGACAACAACGCGCUCACUGGCGUACAUCCGGAAGCGUUCCGCAACUGCAGCUCCCUGCAAGAUCUCAACCUGAACGGCAACGAGCUUACGCAGGUCCCGCUCGCACUGAAAGAUAUGCGCCUGCUGCGAACAGUUGAUCUGGGCGAGAACUCCAUCACCGUUAUCGAAGAGCCGGGCUUCCGUGGCAUGAACAAUCUGUACGGGCUGCGGCUGAUAAGCAACAGCAUUGAAAACAUUACGCGGAAAGCGUUCAAAGAUCUACCCAGUCUGCAGAUCCUGAACGUGGCGCGUAACAAGAUUUCGUACAUUGAGAAGGGUGCGUUCGAACCGGCGGUCAGUGUGCAGGCGAUCCGGCUCGACGGUAACUUGCUGUCGGACAUUGAUGGGCUCUUCACCAGCAUGCCGAAUCUGGUGUGGUUGAACAUUUCCGACAACAAACUGGAGCACUUUGACUACUCCCAUAUUCCUUCCCACCUGCAGUGGUUGGAUCUGCAUCGCAACGAGCUUACCGAGCUGACGAAUCGCUUCGGGUUGGAUAAUCAGCUGCACCUGCAGACGCUCGAUGCAAGCUUUAAUCGGUUGACGCGCGUGACGCCGGCCACCAUUCCCAACAGCAUCGAGUUCCUGUUUCUGAACGAUAAUCUGAUCGUGCACGUGGAGCCGCACUGCUUCAUGCACAAGACGAACCUUACGCGCGUGGAUCUGUACGCGAAUCAGCUGACCAGCCUGGACAUCAAGGCACUCCGGUUGCAACCGGUGCCGGAGGAUAAGCAGAUUCCGGAGUUCUACAUCGGGGGCAACCCGUUCGUGUGUGAUUGCAACAUUGACUGGCUGCAGAAGAUCAAUCACGUGACGUCACGCCAAUAUCCUACGAUCAAUGACAUCGAAACGGUGUACUGCAAGCUGAUGUACAAUCGGGAGCGUUCCUACAUUCCGCUGAUCGAGGCAGAACCGAAGCAUUUCCUGUGCAGCUACAAUACGCACUGCUUCGCCCUGUGCCACUGCUGCGAGUUCGAUGCGUGCGAUUGUGAGAUGACGUGCCCGAACAACUGCGCCUGCUAUCACGAUAACAGCUGGUCGACGAACAUCGUGGAGUGCUCGGCGGCGGGCUACACGGACAUACCGAAUAACAUCCCGAUGGAUACGACCGAGGUGUACAUCGAUGGCAACAACUUGGUCGAGCUGUCGGGGCACAGCUUUAUUGGGCGCAAGAAUCUGCGCGUGCUGUACGCCAAUCAUUCCAACAUCGAGGCCAUAUACAACACGACCUUCAUCGGGUUGCGUCGGCUGACGAUUCUGCACCUGGAGAACAAUGCCAUCCGGAAGCUGUACGGGCACGAGUUUUCCGCGCUGGAAAGUCUGCGCGAGCUCUACCUGCAGGGCAACCGUAUCGCGUACAUCGAGGAUCACACGUUUGCCGAGCUGCGCAAGCUGGAGGUACUGCGGCUGGAUGGAAACCGCAUCACGAGCUUCGAGGUGUGGCAGCUGUCGGCGAAUCCGUACCUGGUGGAGAUAGCGCUCGCCAACAAUCUGUGGACGUGUGACUGCGGGUUCGUGAACAAGCUGCGCAGCUAUUUGCAAUCGAACGCGGAUAAGAUACUGGACGCGAAUGAGAUCUCGUGCAGCUACAACAACGCGACCAGCAUUCUGCGCGACAACGGCACGAAAUGCACCUUCCGCGAGGGGAUGUCCUCGAUCGUGCAUCGGCAGGAGAUAGAGGACAUGCUGCCGCUGCUGCUGGUCGCAACGUGCGCCUUCGUGGGCUUUUUCGGGUUAAUCUUUGGCAUUUUCUGCUACCGCAAGGAGCUGAAGGUGUGGGUCCAUUCCGGUCUCUGCUACAAGUCGGGCACGUUUGUGAACGAGUUCGAUAAGGAUCGGCUGUACGAUGCGUACAUCACGUACUCGCUGCAAGACGAACACUUUGUGAGUCAAAUUUUGACCUCCACGCUCGAGAACGACAUCGGGUUCCGGCUGUGCUUGCACUAUCGCGAUCUGAACGCGAACGCUUAUCUGGCGGACACGAUCGUCGAGGCGGUGGAAAGCUCGAAACGGGCGAUCCUCGUACUGUCCAAGAGCUUCCUGUAUAACGAAUGGACCCGGUUCGAGUUUAAGGGUGCGAUCCACGAGGUGCUGAAGCGUCGCCGGAAGCUGAUCAUCAUCCUGUACGGUGAUCUGCCGCAGCGCGACCUGGACGCCGACAUGCGGCUGUACCUGCGCACCAACACAUGCAUCGAGUGGGACGACAAGAAGUUCUGGCAGAAGCUGCGCAUCGCCCUGCCGCACGUGAAGAAGAGCAACUGCCUGAACAAGCGGUCGGCGAUCAACAUAUACGCGACGGCCGGCAACGACUACAACAUGCCGGGCCGCCCGUCAACGCUGGGCCCAUCGGUGGCCAGCGCGCGUCUGGAUGGGCCCCAGCACCACAGUUACGCCACGAUCGGUCCUAACUGUCCCAGAAACUGUGAUAACUACGAUACGGUUAGCAAUUGUAAAUACAACACCACCCAGCACCAGACCCACCACGAGCGGCGAAUGAAUGCGGAGUUCGGGCGGAAGGCGACGGACGGCCGGCAGCACGAGUACGCGGUGCCGUCCAACUGUCUGCUGGACACGACGCACGAAACGUACAACACGACGGCGAGUUGCGAGCGCAUCGCGGGCGAAACGUUCGAGUGCACCUCGACCAGCUCCAAGUUCUCCACCUCGUCGCGCGGAUCGGGCAGCGAUUCCGGUAGCCAUUCGAUCUCCUCCGCGCACCACGACUUCCAGGGCAAUCGGUCCCCCAACGGCUGUCCGCCGAAUCUGCUGUCCACCACCAACUUCUCGUACAACCACCAUCCGCAGCACCACCACCACAACGGCAGCAGUCGGAGCAAACCGGGGCCCGGGCCAGGGCCCGGUCCGGAGAGUGUUGGCGGGGGCAAGGGUGGUCCUGCCGAUAAGAGCAAUCCGGGCACGCUCGGGACGGACAGUAGAGGUGGCAACAGUUUUAACGAUAGAAGACUGCCACAGGCUAUGUGGGCAUAACGAUUACUUAAGAGCAGCAGGUUAGUUAAUUAUUUUUAUCGUUAGACGUAAUGAACGAUCCCAGUUGAACAGGUAUCCCGGUAUCGAUCGUACCGGGACCGUCGAGAUCGGGCGUGAGUGAGAGUGUCUGUGCGAGUGGAGGCGAGAAGCCGGACGAAAAGACUGCCAGAGAGUGUCGUGGCGUUGUUAGAAGGACAAAUCAGCCGACUUGUCUUUAGGUUGUUAGGUUUUACUUUUAACGAAUCAUUUCUUCUCCGUUUUUUUCCCAAUCUCGUUCCCUUUGGUCCGGGGUUUUCCCGACCGGGCACCGUAUGCACGCACGAACCAUAGUUACUAAUUAGCGAUUAUAGGGCCUCCCGCAGAUAAUAUUCCAAUGUACGCGAUACUCCGUAAAGUAAUGAAACCAGGGAUGUGAAACCAAAAUUCCCAAGCGGGAACACGUUUCUGUGGCAACCGACGCAGCACAGAAUCAGGAGAGGCAAAGGAUGGCAACAGGAGUUUGGAAAAAAAAAGAAACCAAAAUGAAAGGAUAGCCUGCGAUAGACGCUCACACGCAACUCUCCUUCUUGUUGCGUCCACGCAGUGCCUUUUCGGGAGAUGGGAAACCAAGCGAAGGAAAACGAUGAAACACACAUAAAUGCAAUGCAACGAGCGCAUGCUGGAGGGAAAUAAACCCAGUGAAAUAUGACGGUUUUUUCUUCCCGAAAGCGACAGGAGGCCAGCAGAAGCCUGGGGCAGGCACAUUGUCAUAAAAGGAAGAGGCAGGACAAAGCGGAGAAGUAUUCUAGUCAAGGCAAGAAGUGUUGGGCUUCUAAUCUCUUAGAAAAUCAAUCGCUUCUUGAAACAGUGAUGCUGCGCAGGGGUUGAGCUGGGUUGAGCGGGCAGGCCAGAACCGAAAGGGGCAUUUCCGAGGGUCCCUAGAUAGACGAGCUCUAAUCUAAUUUUUCACGCUUCACCAGCAUCGAAAUGGUUAAGAGAGUUAAGCGUCCGCGGCAGAAAGGAUUUCAAAAUACCCCCCAUGAGACGGAAAAUUGAAUGUAAAAUUAUUCUCCACCGAAUGGCGUGCGUGGCCGUGACACAACACAGCAACGAGGGGUGCGCACAUCCAGAUUAAUUACAGCACCACUGCUGCAAGACAAUGCUCUGCAUUGCGCGACGUGUUCUGGCGACGUGAAUUGAGGCUGAGUAAGCGGUUUUCGGUUUUGUUUUGUGGAGCAAAACGCUUACGAUCAUCCUAUCCGUUCCGACCGAAACUUCAAUUGAUCGAGUUUUCAAUGGAAUGUUAAUCCUUGUAUUUAAUUUGCUUUUUCCUUCGGCAACAAAUUGAUUAUGGCCGUGUCUUUGGGUAAGGAAGCGAGAGCAAGACGAAAGCAGAGGCAAAGCAAGAUUUUCCAGGUUUCCAGAGAUUUUGGUGGACUUUCGUGUGAAUGAAUGAGUGAAUGAGUGAAACCUCCGCCGCAUCCGUGCAGUCGACGCAAUAGCCGUCGAUGCCAAGUUUGUUGUGUUUCUGUUUUCCUUUCGAUACCUCACAAGCGGAUGGCAUGAGCGAAUGUGGCGAAUGUGCGUUAAAUAGUACGGUGGUACUCACAGAUUGUACAUAGGAAACAAACGAUUAGGGCAGGGUGUAGCAUACAUGUAGGAAGAGUGAAAGCAACAAAAAAAAACCAACGAUUAACGAGAGGGCAGAAGCUGGACAUUUCGCCAGCAAUGUACAUAUUUUUGAUGGACGUAUCAAAGCGUCCCUUCUUCUUUAGGCAAAUAAGGCAAGUGGGGCAGCAAAGCAAAAUUGCAUUUGGCGGGUGACACUUUUUUUUCGCAGUAAUGUAAACGGGAGAGAAAACAAAACACUUGAAAGUACUAAAAACAGAAAAUAACAUUAACUAAGUCAGCUCGUGGGAGUGGGGGUAGGAAUAUUCAGAAAUUGAUAGACAAAAUUAUCAUUGAUACUCGCUGAAACAAAUUAUCUUCAUCACAAAGCAGCUUAAAUAGACGGACCGAUCAGUGUACAUAGACAAGCGAAACACAAACACAACACGGAGGAAAUCCAAUGGCACAGGAAUAUACCCAAAGCGUCAAUCUCGUUUAUUCACUAGCAGCAAAAGCGCAUUUAACUUACAAUUCGAUUCUUCUAGAAUGCAAAGGAGUGAUGAGCAAAACCACGAGCCUGUAAAACAACACAACACAAUGUUCUGUCGGUUAACUCUCUUAGACCAAACCAAACCAGUCCAGUGAAAUAGAAAGCAACAGCUACUUUCAAACCAGAGCAAUGUUUAUCACAUACGACACCUGAAGUUGAAACAAACGAACGAACACUCAUAGCCAUAAAACUCCAUCACUCCGAAAAGAAGUUCAUGCCAUUAAAGCUGAAUGUAACGAUGAGAUCAAAUGCACUGCAUUAACACUGAACAUAGAGGAAGCGACAAAAAAAGCAAAACUCCGAAAAAAAGGGAAAUAUUGCAAGUAAACUUAAACAACGCAUAGUUUCACGUACAAAAGUAAGAAAUAAAAAAAAAAACAAAACUAUAAUUUAUUUAUGAAAAUUGAAAUCGAUAAAAUGUGUCUUAUGCUAUCUUUACUCUGGAAAGUACGAGAAAACAAUGGCUUUUUUUGUGGGUUGAUGAUUUGUUGGAACCGUCGAAACAAUAUCACAUGAAAGGUAAGUUGGAAAAUAUGUUUAAC